UACGCUAAUUUUGGCACGACGCCAGGAGCAAACAUGCUGCGUUCAACUAGGUCCGCGUCCUGUGCAUAUAAGCCCGGACUCUCCGGGCGCGUCAUGCUGUUUACUGCGACUGCUGAACGACUGAAGAACACGAAGAACGAGCGACGAUGUCCGGUCGAGGAAAAGGCGGCAAGGGUCUGGGAAAGGGAGGCGCUAAGCGUCAUCGCAAAGUGCUCCGCGAUAACAUCCAGGGCAUCACCAAGCCGGCCAUCCGCCGUCUGGCUCGCCGUGGCGGCGUCAAGCGCAUCUCCGGUCUGAUCUACGAGGAGACCCGCGGCGUGCUGAAGGUCUUCCUGGAGAACGUGAUCAGGGACGCCGUGACUUACACCGAGCACGCCAAGCGGAAGACCGUCACCGCCAUGGACGUGGUGUAUGCGCUGAAGCGCCAGGGCCGCACGCUCUACGGCUUUGGCGGUUAAACCGAACCUGGACUGGACCGCGCGCACCGACUCAGACACUCUCCAACUCCCAAAAGGCUCUUUUAAGGGCCGCCCACCCGAUCUGUGAAAGAGCAAAAUCCUGAAUCUGUCAGUUUAUUAUUAUUUUUUGGACGGACCGGCUGCGCCAGGAUCUCUUCAAAAUAAUUGUAAUUGGUAGUUUUUCGCGUCUGUAGUCUGUAAAUACGUUUUUCUUUUAUUUCUUAUAAAAAGAGCUUUUUUCAAUUCACCUUA